UUUCAGUCAACAGAGGUUUCCACUCCUCUGUGCUUCACAGUUAUGUGCUUUCAUCCAGCAUAAUAAUACUGUGAGAAAGCCUAGCAUUUGAGGGUGCAAACUAUUUCUCAUAUUCAUGUGAUAAGGUUGCUAGAUUGUGUUCACUAAGUGUUGAGAUCAUUGAAAUUGCAUGGACCAUGGGUGGUGUAUGUAGGAUCAGUGAGUGCAAUGUGGACUCGGCCUAACGGGCAGUGACAUUGGCAUUCCCUUGAGCACUUCGAUGGGCAACAGAGAACCUCUCAGUCACGGCAACCUCUCAACGUACCUUCCAGUGUAGUGACAAAAAUGAGUGAGAAACCCCUGGUCAACUAUUCGGACGUGAGUUCGGAGGCAUUCUCCGAGGUGGAGCAGGGUGAAAUCACAGACGAGAGUCACAGCGAUAACGAACGACAUGGUCGCAAACCCAGACGAAGGGUUGCUCCUCCUAUAUCUCCCGAUGCUUGGGCCCAUGGUGCAUCCCGGGAUGUGGAGAACAAUAACAGUCACUCUGGUGCCGAAGAAGACCUGCCAAAGACCAAGAACAAAAAGCACAAGAAGGAGAAGAAAAAACAUCGGAGUGACAAGAAGAAGAGGAAGAAAAAGAAGAAGAACAAGACUUGGAGUUCGAGCAGUUCUCCCAGCCUGGACCCAAUCUCUUCAGGAAGAGAGGAUGAUGCCCCUCCUCCGCCUGGCUCGGCUAGUCUGUUGAUGGGACCCAGUUCCCGCCGGAGGACUGCCCUGGACCCGGCUGCAAGUCCCAUCAGUUCAGGGUGUGAAGGUCUUUCACCGUUGAGUCCGGGUCACAGGAGGGGCCUGGAAUCUCCACAUACUCCUCCCCUGCCACCAAAGGCUUAUGAGAAGCUCCCACACAUGAGGAAAAGAGGAGCAUCACCUUCACCUCCUUCCCCUCCUCAGGCUUUUCCUCCUCCUCCUCCUCCCCCUGGGAUGCCAUCUCAUCCCCUUCCACCUUAUCAUUCGCCAUCUCCUCCCCUGCAGAGGAGGAGGAGCAGGAAGAAGAAACGGAAAAUGCGGACUUCACCUCACAGCAAGAGUCCUUCUCCAACCAGGGGCAAGAGACUUCGGUACGAGAGAGAAUUGAACAGCUUGCACCAGGUGUAUUCCCAUUCGUCUUCAUCUUCUUCAUCCCGUUCGCCCCCUCCUGCUCCUGGGCACAUCAUCAGACGCCCCCAACCCAGUCGCUUGAAUCGAAAGCAGGUUGCUGAGGCCAAGAUGAACGAUACCACCCUUUUUGCAAUGUUGCGUCAGAAGAAUCUGGAAAAGGAUCGGAGAGAGGACCCUGAGAUCGUGUAUGAGAAGGUCAAGGAGAAGGAGCUACCUCCUUCCACUACCCCACCGCUUCCCAUUCCUCCUGUGAUUCAAGUGCAAAAGGAGUCUCUGGCAGUAUCAGAGAUUGACUUGAAAGGCAAAGUACCUCCUGUGCAGGAGGGAAGAGUGGAGCCAAACCCUGACAUUGAGAAUGGAUUGGAAGAUGGGGAGGUGGAUGAACCCCCACUGGAAUCAGUAAUAAAGUCCGGUGGAAGCUAUGGACUCCAUAAGAGUCUCACCCAGCUCCCCAUGCCGCCAGGGAUCGAUCUCCUGGAGAUGGAACUUGACAACAUCGGGUCUUCUUCCUCUGCUUGCACCCCGGAGCAGGAUUCCGAGGAUGAGCGGCAGCGGCAGCAACGGAAUCGCCCUGAAGCCAUCAACAGAUCCAAGCCCAAUCGAACUAGAAGCAUCACAAGAGAUCUUCCCAUGCCUCCUGUCAAAGACCUCAUGCCACCAGAUGUGGAAAAUUUGUCAGAGGGGGAGGAUGAGGUCCUCAGUCCCAAGAUGCCAAGACUUGUUCCCAAGGCCAACAUGAAGAGACCAAUCAUUGUGGGAAAGGCCAAUCACGUCGAUCCAAGGCCAUGUGGCUGGGGCGAUCGAUGCGUUGAAGUUUUCGACUUUGUGAUGCAGAUUGGUGAAGGGACCUACGGUCAAGUGUACAAGGCUAGGGAUCAGAAAACUGGUCAGUUAGUGGCCCUGAAGAAGGUGCGCCUAGAGAACGAGAAGGAGGGCUUCCCGAUCACAGCGAUCCGAGAAAUAAAAAUCCUGCGACAGCUGAAUCACCCCAACAUUGUCAAUCUCAAGGAGAUUGUCACGGACAAAAGGGAUGCUUUGGAGUUUCAGAAGGAUCGAGGAGGAUCUUUCUACCUCGUAUUUGAAUACAUGGACCACGAUCUGAUGGGACUCCUGGAAUCUGGGAUGGUGGAAUUCAACGAACAGCAUAAUGCCUCCAUAAUGAAGCAACUUCUCGACGGCCUUAACUAUUGCCACCAGAAGAACUUCCUCCAUCGGGAUAUCAAGUGUUCCAACAUCCUCAUGAAUAACAAAGGUCAGGUGAAGCUGGCUGACUUUGGUCUGGCUCGGCUCUACAGUGCCGAGGACGAGGAGCGCCCUUACACCAACAAAGUGAUCACACUGUGGUAUCGUCCACCUGAAUUGCUCCUUGGGGAAGAGCGAUACGGCCCCGCUAUCGAUGUCUGGUCUUGUGGGUGCAUCCUUGGGGAACUCUUCUGCAAGAGACCACUGUUUCAGGCCAACCAGGAGUUAGCCCAACUGGAAGCCAUCUCCCGCGUGUGUGGGAGCCCAGAGCCCCGCAUUUGGCCCAAUGUGGUCAAGCUCCCUUUCUUCCGGAGCAUGCGGCCCAAAAAGACGCAUCGCCGGCGGUUGCGAGAAGAGUUCGCCUUCAUGUCGCCUGCUCCCCUCGAUCUUUUGGACCAAAUGUUACUUCUGGAUCCAGCCAAGAGGAUCUCCGCAGCAGAUGCACUUGCCCAUAGGUGGCUCAAGGAUGUCAUCCCUGAAAACAUGCCGGUUCCAAACCUGCCGACGUGGCAAGACUGUCACGAGAUGUGGAGCAAAAAGCGAAAGAGGCAGCAGAGGGAGCAGCAAGAGGCCAUGCAACAUCUUCCCCCCGGGAAACCCGCCCAGCUGAAGGGCUACAUCAGCGAGGACUCUCAGGGACUCCCACCCAUCGAUGAUCUCAAUGCCACUGGAGGAAAGGGAAAGCGAGAAGGCACUCCCGAGUCUCCGAGACACGCUUCCGUCACCCUCCAGCACACCCUGGGACGUCUUACGCAGAUGCUCCAAAUUGGAGAAGCUCUCUCUGUUCAGCAGCUCCAAGGGUUGCUGACAAAGUUGGCCUCUGACCAGAACCUGGACCAGAAGACAUUCCGACUGGUGGACAGCAUCAACAGUCAGCUGAGAGGAGGAUCAUCCAGGGAACCAGUCCUCAAUCAAGAGGAGGGCAGCGAAGAGGGAGCUGUUGGAGGAGGAAGUGCAGGCAGCGGGCACGAACCGGACAGCCUCAAGGCCGCCCUCCAGCAGAUCCUCCAGCAGCACGGAGUGACCGGGAUGGGCAUCCAGGACAAGGACGCCGCGGCCAGGAGCAAGGCCGGCUAUCAGCCCACCGGUCUCUACUGACCCGUAUCCGGCCUCAACCGACCCGUCUCCGGCCUCUCCCGCGUGUGAUAGCCGAGGAGGGGCGCGACGGUCCGAGACCGGAGACCGGUCGUAGGUUAAUUCCGAUCGCCUGUCUUUUUUUUUGUCAUCAUUUUCAUUGUUGUUGUCUGGAAAGAAAGAAUUAAUUCAGAGUUCUACAAUAUGUCUUUUUUGGAGUGCCUUGGAUAAUGAAGGGGUGAGUGUAUGGACUCCAG